AUGACCCCUAUACACUCAGACCCUCUACAAUGUGAGGCUGUCUCUGACGAAGACAGUCAUGGCUCGAUAAAGGACACUGUUUCCAGUCCGGUAUCAACACAAACACAGACAAGGCCCGCCCCCGUCCUCCGCCCGAGGAAAUCGUACAAUUCGGCCCAUACAAACCCACAUUCGCCUGCUCCAUACGACACUCCUCUGUUCUCCUCGCUGGAUGAAAUGCCAAGCGCCCUCCACAACCUGUCUGACGAAUCGCUGGCUAAAAUGAUCGACCGACACGGAGGCAUGUUUCUGGUACGGCAGCUGUCACGUGAUCUGGCCCAACGUGAGAAGGAAGUGGUUGUGAUGCGAAAACAGCACGAGGACCGCGAACGCGAGCUCAAAACCAUGCUGGUGGAAUGCGACGUGUCUGUGAUUGAGAUUGAACGGCGGCUAAGCUCCAUGCGCGUCACCAGUGUCGUUAAUCCGGAUCACGUCAUCAACGAGGCUCUACAGGAGGCUCUAGUUGAUGUUCCUCAGGAAUCCGAAUCCAGGAGUCUCUUGAGUAUCACCAAGACUCUGUGGGACAGUCCUCGAAGUGCACGCUCCCUCCUUUCGGUCAAAUCUUCUUCUGCCUCGCUCAAAAGUUUUAUGGACGAGGGUGGAGACGGCAACAACUCGGGUUCUGCAGUUGUUUCCACUUCCGCAAUCACAACUUCUUCUACGACAACAAACACCCGUGAAGAGGAAUACUCGAGUGUCAAGAACGGCUCGCUGAACAACGACACAGCCACCAACAUGUCCACUUCUUCUGACCCUCCCAGAAGUAUCGAAAUGACAUCCAUCUUCGACCCCUCCAUGGCUCCUCCGACCCUCCAACAGUCACGUGACCUGCUCACAGACAGAUACGGCUUCAAGUAUGACUGGAAGCGAUCUCAAAAAGAGUCCGCUCGAAAGCCCGUCUCCAUUCAUAGCACGGAAGACAGCACCAUUGAUAAUACUUCUUCUUUUGAGCCGGUUAAGAGCUCCAGUUCAAGUACCAGCAGUUCUGAUCAGUCUAAAACAACCACAAAGUCCUCAGAAUCGAAAACAACUUCAAAGCCUAUCUCCAGUGCGUUUCAGGAACCCCCUUCGAGAAGUGCUCCCACUGCUACAGUCUCUCUAACCACCAAUGUCAACAACAACAGUGUCAGCAAUGUUUCGAAAAACACACCCGUCAAACUGCUUCUUUCCCAGCUCAGUCACAUUCACGACACUCAGCAAAAGGCUCAAUUACAAAACUGGACCGAGUUCCUCAACACUCUCUCCACCUUGGCGUCUGAACAGGAUGAAAAUGCAUGUACCAAUCUCCUAGGUCUCGGCGGCGUUUCUCUCCGACCCCACAAUCCAAAACUGUACAAGUCUUUUGUGUCUCUUGUUCUGGGCGGCAUUCCUGUCAAAUUGCGGCCCCAAAUCUGGUCUCAAUGCAGUGGAGCCGAGUCUAUUACCAUUCCUGGGCUGUACCAGGAGCUGCUUACAGACAGCAACAGCUCAGCCACAGACUAUGACCCCAUAGCUGCGCAGAACACGUCGCAGAUCGACCUGGACCUGUACCGAACCAUGCCUCAUAACAUCUUCUUUGGCAAGGGUCCGGGAGUAGCCAAGCUGCGAAACGUUCUGGUAGCGGUAUCCAGACACAAUCCGGACACUGGAUACUGCCAGGGGAUGAACAUUAUGGCUGCUGUUCUGUUGCUGGCAUUUCCCACAGAGGAAGAUGCCUUUUGGGCCUUGGUGGCCCUCACAAACCUGCUGCCCACAGACUACCUGGCUCCUCCUUUACUCACUUCUCGUGCUGACCAAAGGGUGCUCAAAAGCUACAUUGUCCAGCACUUGCCCCAAAUAAAUCAACACAUGGACCAGCUGGAAAUCGACCUCGAAGCAAUCACGUUCAGCUGGUUCCUCAGUUGUUUUGCAGACACGCUUCCUCCAGAGGUGCUGUUCCGGAUCUGGGACGUGUUUCUGUGUUUGGAAGGUAUGUCGUUCUUGUUCAAGACUGCUCUGGCGUUGUUCAAAAUGCACAAGUCGCAAUUGCUCGAGUUUGACUCGGCAGCCGACUUCUACACGUACAUCAAAAAUGUGGGAGACAAGGUGCUGUCGGUGGACAAUCUCAUCAAGACCGCUGAGGAGUUUGAUAUCACUGAGGCUGACGUCGAGAAGCGCAGAAAGGCUGCCCUGGCUGACUUGCAGUGA